CGCUCAGAGCAGAUCUUGCUGCAGGGAGGAGCUGAGCUGAGCCGAGCAUCACACAACCCGCAUUCAAGGAAACGGGCAAACACAGCACUUUUUUGUUGACUUUCCACUAUGGUCUAGCCUCCGAGCGGGUCAAGUCUCCGCCGAAAAAGAAGCACACACAUAUUGCAUGUGGACCUCCAUGGGAGCCGCUUGUCAUUGAGAAGCGGGGAACCUCUACCCAGCCAAGGGAGACCCCCCCCCUCCCCUCAAUUGUUUCCUGCGCCAAGAACUGUAAAAGACAUGGUCAUCACAGCGCAUCUGUGAUGAACCACAAGCAGUGAGCGUGAGGAAGUGUCAGAGGAUGCUCUUGAUCUGUGGGGCCCAGUGCUGAGAGGGAGGUCCACAGAGCCAACUGGCGCCCACCAUGUCUCACCACCAUCACUACCAGCGAGGCCUCCAGGGCCGCACCAUGAGCUCUGAGGACAGGAGCUCCACGCCAGUGAACAAGACCUCCACACCAGUUCACAAGAGCGCCUCCUCCUCCUCGUCUUCCCAGCGCGACAGCCGGCAGGAGGCAGACAGCUGGGAAAUAAUUGAGGGGCUGAAAAUCGGUCAGAGCAACGUCCAAAGGCCUGACAAACACGAGGGUUUUAUGUUGAAGAAGCGGAAAUGGCCCCUGAAAGGCUGGCACAAGCGUUUUUUUGUUCUGGACAAUGGUAUCCUGAAGUACUCCAAGUCCCCCAUUGAUAUCCAAAAGGGAAAGCUUCACGGCAGCAUCGACGUAGGCCUCUCCGUCAUGUCCAUCAAGAAGAGAGCCCGUCGCAUCGACCUGGACACUGAGGAGCAUAUCUAUCACCUGAAGGUCAAAUCUCAAGACAUCUUUGAUGCCUGGGUGUCGAAGCUGCGUCAUCACCGGCUUUAUCGACAGAACGAGAUUGUGCGGUCUCCCCGGGAGGCCACCAUGCGGACGUUUCCUCCCUCAGCUGCCAUAGAGUCUCCCCAGCCGGCCCCAACCGUGGUCCUUGAAGCCAAGCUACCGCAGGCUAAGCCGAGCAGCCUGCCAUGGCAGCCGCCGGCACCCAGCAGCGGCAGCAACAACAGCCUCCCCGCGUCCUAUAGUAACGGACAGAGCAAGGUGGUUGCCUGGCUGCAGGAGUCAGAGGAGAUGGACAAGUGCGCGGAGGAACUCGCGCGUUGCCAGUCCAACCUGACCGAGCUCAGCCGCCUGUUGCAGAGUCUGGAGAUUUUACAGAGGACGCAGUCGGCGCCCAACUUCAUAGACAUGCAGACCAAUUGCGUAGAGUUGUCAAAGAAAGAAAAGCGCUUGAACAGAAGAUGGAGAACAAAAAGUGUCGGCAAAGAUGCAAAAUUCCAGCUUCAGGUCCCUCUUUCUGCCAGCAUGUCGCCUGUCCGCCUCCACUCCUCCAACCCCAACCUGUGUGCGGAGCUGGCCGACUUUCAGCCCCCGGUUUCCCGCUUGACGGACAGCGUGGAGUGCGCGAGCGACUACAUUAAACUUCAGGAGGAAUUUUGCACCAUUGCCCAGAAAGUGCACUCUCUGCUGAAGUCGGCCUUCAACACCGUGGCCAUAGAGAAAGAAAAGAUCAAACAGAUCCUGUCUGAGCAGGAACAGUCAGACCAGUCCACUCAGAUCAACUCUCUCAGGAAGUCUCUGUCACAGGCCCUGUCCCAAAACGCAGAACUUCGAACUCGACUCAACCGCAUCCACUCCGAAUCAGUCCUCAACGAACAAGUUGUCAGUGUGAACAUUAUCUCCACACCUGACGAGGCCGGGGAACAGAUGGGGAUCCCUCUGACUCAGCAGGCCUCUAAUGAGAGCCGACUCUCCAUGUCAGAGUCUGUCUCUGAGUUCUUUGAUGCCCAGGAAGUGCUUCUGUCAGCCAGCUCGUCGGAGAACGAGGGCUCAGACGAUGAGUCAUACGUCAGCGACGUGAGUGAUAACAUUUCCGAGGACAACGCCAGUGUGACCGAUAACGUCUCGAGACAAAUGGCCAAUGGAGAUUUUGCCGGCAGCGCCUUCCGUAACGGGCGGCGCACCUGCCUGCCGGCGCCCUGUCCAGACACCAGCAACAUCAACCUCUGGAACAUCUUGAGGAACAACAUCGGCAAGGACCUGUCCAAAGUGUCCAUGCCUGUGGAGCUCAACGAGCCCCUCAACACCCUGCAGCGUAUGUGUGAAGAGCUGGAGUACAGCGAGCUGCUGGACAAGGCCGCUGAGACCGAGGACCCGUUUGAGCGAAUGGUUCUCGUCGCUGCUUUCGCUGUCUCAGGCUACUCAUCCACAUAUUACAGAGCAGGAAGUAAGCCAUUCAACCCGCUGCUCGGAGAGACUUACGAAUGUAUUCGAGAAGACAAGGGCUUCUGUUUUUUCUCAGAGCAGGUGAGCCACCACCCUCCCGUCUCCGCCUGCCACUGUGAGUCUAAGAACUUCACCUUCUGGCAAGAUGUGAGAUGGAAAAACAAAUUCUGGGGAAAAUCAAUGGAGAUUUUACCAAUCGGAACCGUAAAUCUCAUGCUCCCGAGGUUUGGAGAUCACUAUGAAUGGAAUAAAGUCACCACCUGCGUUCACAACAUCCUCAGUGGUCGACGGUGGAUCGAACACUACGGGGAGAUCACCAUCAGAAACACAAAGAGCAGCGCCUGCCUCUGCAAACUCACCUUUGUCAAAGGAAACUACUGGAGUUCGAAUGUCAAUGAGGUUCAAGGGUUUGUCAUGGAUCAAGAGGGCAAAGUGAUCCACAGACUUUUUGGAAAAUGGCACGAGGGCCUUUACUGCGGCGUCCCACCUUCUGCUAAAUGCGUCUGGAGGCCAGGCUCCAUGCCCACGGACUAUGAGCUCUACUACGGCUUCACCAGGUUCGCCAUUGAACUGAACGAGCUCUGCCCUGAGCUCAAAGACGUGUUGCCGCGCACAGAUGCCCGAUUCAGGCCGGAUCAAAGGCAUCUGGAAGAAGGGAACUUGGACAUGGCGUCCUCGGAGAAGCAGCGCAUCGAGGACAUGCAGAGGGCCAGGAGGAAGUGGAACGAGGAGAACAACAUCAAACAGGAGCCGCGCUUCUUCAAGAAAGUGGUUGAUUCCAAUCACAGGGAGAGGUGGGUCUCCAACAACACCUACUGGGAGCUCCGCAAAAACCCCGGCUUCAUCAACAUGGAGCCCACCGCCAGCCUGUGGUAGCACACGGACGCCUGUGUCCAUCACCGCAGACAGACAGGGAGGCCGUUACCUAUGCACAAUACGGUGUUAAGAGAAAAACAUGUCGGCGAUACAACAUCCGCGUGCUUGGAUACGAACGACUGCAGAGCCGAGGACUGGCCCCACGCCCGGUGACCCGCCUCCCCGCCUCCCCGCCUCCCCCCGCCCCCAUCGAGGUCAUCCACCCAUGUUAGGAUCACCUUCAUCGUGCUUGUCGAAGCUGGGUUGUCAGGGCAACAAUCUUAACACCGCCCCUAUGUAGAUCUCUCCUCAGCUCUUUUGACUUCAGACUUUGUCCUUGCCUUAAAAAGACACCCGUACAAGUCACACGGUUAGGCGCCUUUUUAGUUGAAGCCAUUUAAUUUUCCAACUGCAGUUUGGUUAGACUAGUCUAUGGAGUAGACGUUUUGAUUACCUAUGUGCAUGUUUAGAGAGCAGCUUUCACUGGCAUAAAGCCGUAUUUACUAUAUCAUCGAUUAUUGUAGAGAAAAAAAAAAAAAAAAAAGAGGUAUUUUUAUAAAAAUAUCCUGGACUUGGAGAGAAUUAUGAGAAGUGGCAGAUUUUUAUUUAUUUUUGCCUUUUAAUACUGUCGAGUCUGUGAGAUAGCAGUACUCUCUCCUGGGAAACAGCUCAUUUAAAAUUAAUCCGGGCCGCAGCGCCGAGUCCAUAAGAUGGCAUUUUUAAUGAGGCAUUUUCAAAGAGGCUGAACACGCGGUGGCAAGCAGGAGUAAGAUUUCGACGUGGAUCUGUCGCUGGCGUGGUGUAAAUAGAGGGACGACCUCGGCCCCACCAGCCCUCCCCUCGCCCCGCUGUCUAAAUUUAAACAGUGCUACAUGAGGUCGGCUCCUCAGAAACAGCUCCCUCUGCGUGGAGGGAGCAUAUGCUCGGUCCGUCUUGCAGAUGUCGGUUUUCGGUGACGUAAUAGACUCCGAGACAGAUUGUACAGAUUGAAAACAAAAAAGAACAUUUAGAGAUAAAAAAAAAAAAAAAGUCCCACGUGUCCAUUACAUCCCUCAACAACCACAGAGCCAGAGCAUGUCAAUAAAUCAAAAAUAUUGAAUUAAAAAAAAAAAGUGUCCUUUUAUGUCAAGAAUAGUGAUGGAUCCCCAUCACAGUUUACCAAAAGAAAAAUGCUCAAAUGUGGAAGAUUAUUUAUAUUGUAUUAUAUCAUUUCUAAUGCUGUAAAAAUGUCGUAACUAGUACCAGCAAAUGUUUGGUAUCCUUCUUGAUAAAUUCCCUGCAUUAUUAAUGAAUCAUCAAAUUGCUUUGUCUUCUAAAUAAUUAAUUAACAGUGAUUUCAGCUCUCCAUCUUCAUCAGCCAUCAGUCCUCGACAAAACACCAGAGACACCUACAGGUCGUCCUGUGAACGUGCAGGAAUGCGAAGAAGCGCUUUGCUUUUUUUUCAUUUUUUUUUAUUUUUUCGUUUUAAAUGUUUACAGGUUUGAGGCAAACUCAUACAACUACGGUAACAAUUAUGCUGUACAAGUAUUUAAGCUGAUUCCCCAGAGAAUUUACUGCUGUGUCGUGGGCUUCUGCAAAGCACCUGUUACUUAUUUAAAGUUUGUAUAUUUAUUGCAAAGCAGAUUAGCUUUAACGUUUUAACCACUUUUUUUUUCCCCAGAAUAAGAAAAUAUAAAUGGGGCCUUUUGAAAUCAACCCCAACACACACACACACACACAGUCACCUAUUGUCCAGAGAGCACAUUUAAGUUGAUUCCCUUCAUUCACGACUGCAAGAGAGUGAAAAUAAAAUAGUGGAAACUGUGUGAAGCAAACCCAUCACUUGUGCGUGCGUGCGCACUGUUCACAUGGUACUGUAGAUUACAAACCAAAAAGAUAGUACUGCUUUGCAUCCGGUUUUAAUAGACGUGUGUGCAUUUUAUCCCCCCUCCCCUCCGCCCGUCACAAACUAAACGCUACAACUUGUCAGUUUCACUUGCUGUGCCUUAAUGCAUUUAUUAAUGCCUCACAAACACAUGACUGAUGAGACUCCCAUGCCAAGAAGAAGGUAUGCCACUAACAAAGUCCACACCAUCCUCCGCCUGCCUACAGAGGAGUAAGUAGACAGGAUUUAGCCGAAUAUUUUAAAGGACAUUUCUUUGGCUUUAAAUGGAGUAGAAGAGUUUUAUCCGACUGUAAAAUGCUUGCAGGGUUUUAAAGACGUGCCGCGCUGCUCUGCUACGCCAGCAUCACAUCUCGGUGAUCACUAUAAAUACAGCACAUUUAGACGAAGGGGCACUACGGCAAAAAAAAAAAAAAAAAAAAGCUGAUUUCUUUUUUCCUCUUGCGCCGGCGAGAGGCUUUGCGUAGUGUUUGGUGUUAUAGAGUCAGAAUGUAGUGGGGGGAAAACAAACAAACAGACAAGAUAAAAAAUUAUAGUAAAAAUGAAAAUCAUCCAUCGUUCUACCUGCAUGUCUAGACAACUUAGCUUGCCAAUGAAUGUUGCAGAUGCCUUAUAAGGAAGGAGUUUUUGUUUUCUCAAUUAGACACUUUUAUUAUUUUAUUUUUGUUUUGGUUUUGUUUUGGACUGACAUGUAUCAUGAAGCACUAUGUCGGCUCGGUUUCGUUCAGAUCUAUUUCCCAAUGGGUACCUUCUGAAGUGCAAUUUUAACAAAGUACAUAUCUUUCCAUGAACACUGUACACUGCUGCUACAUAGUGCUUGUUCUAAUAAAACUGCAAAACUCAA